UGCCAACAUAACAUACACCAACCUAAAUUUAAUGUUAAAAAUUUAAAACACAAAUAUCCACAUAUUUUUGCUGAUUUUUUUGUUCUUUGUAUUUGUUGAUGUUUCUUUCAAAGUAUUCUGAACAAUAUAAAGUGAAGUGGUUGAUAUUGCGAUUAAUUUUUAGAUGAUCCACACAAUGGCUCCUCUAGUCAAAGACUAUAUUUUAGGUAAUGUUAUUGGAAAUGGGGGCUUUUCGAUCGUUUAUAAAGCCAUUCGAAAGGAGAAUAACCAAGAGUUUGCGUUAAAGUAUUUUAAAUAUAAAGCAGGACAACUAGAAGGGCAAAGGCGCGUUGUCCAGGAAGUUGCGCUGCUAAAAAUCCUUCAACAUCCAAAUAUUAUUCAAAUGGUCGAUUACAAUAUUAAGAAAACGAGCUUAUAUAUUGUAUUUGAGUAUUUGGAGUGUUAUGGGACUUUGACAAAAUUUAAUGAUGAGGGUCAUGUUAACAGCGAAUUAGUGCUAAAAACAAUCAUGACUGACAUUUCGUCCGCUAUUGCCUACAUGCACACCAUGAGAAUAUAUCAUGGGGAUUUGAAGACUGACAACGUCAUAGUCACUGAUGCAGCUGGACCAAAAGUUAAACUAAUUGACUUUGGAAAUGCUGAUAUUUCACACUUCCAGCAAAGAGAGUUUAAUCAUGUCGGUUCUCUUUUUAACAUGCCGCCGGAAGUAUUGCGAAAUUUAACGUAUACUGAUGAAACCAGCGAUGCUUGGGCCCUGGGCAUCUUAAUGUACACACUUAUAUACGGACACCGUCCAUUUCCUCAUCUCAAUGCAGAGCAGUUUAAAGAAAAAUACCGUCAUGGGAAAUUUUUUAUUUUACGUCAAGAAUCAAAAUAUUCCAUAAGUGAAGAUGCUAGGGAUUUACUGGAUAAGCUGCUUGUUGUUCGUGAUAAUUCUAAAAGACUGGUCAAGCAAGGCCUAAUGGCACAUCCAUUUAUCUCUGCUCCAUUUAUUCGCGAUACACGUAACCACAUGGAUGAAGCGAAAAAAGUCAUAAAUUUGGCUUUCGAGUAUGGCUCACAGCAAAGGUUUGAAGAUGCUUUUAUCGCUUCAAUUCAGGCGAUUGCGCAUUUGAAUAUUUUCAUUGGGGUAUCCGGCGGUAAAGAUGCAACGAUGACGAACAGAGAAUUCAAUAAACUGAGCAAUAAAGUGAAUGAAUACUGCGAAUUCACACACAAACUCAAUCGGCUUAUGAAUAUCGAUGAAUACAGAGCCAAUCCGAUUGUUUAUUUGCGAGCCAUCUGCGCUUGUUCGCCUCCGUUGCUUUCUGUGGUUGAUAUAGGUUUAACAGGCGAAAUGUAUUUUAAAGAAGGAAAAAGGGAACAAGCUGUUGCCAAGCUUCAAGAAGGUGUCGAUGAAUACUUGAAAUUAUUUCAAUCUGAACCAAUUGGAGAACGCAAAGAAAUUGUUAGUGUAAGGGUUGAUUAUUGGUUGAAGAUUUUGAAGUACCUUGCCGAAGGAGGCGAUAUUCCCGUUGAACCCUAAGUUAAGUAGAGAUGGCAGAUGCUUGAGCACUUUUAAAAGUCCAUAAAUGCUUGUAAAAAGAAAACUAACUUAUUUUUAAAAGGGCUCAUCCAUCUCCAAGUAUAAGUAAGACUGAAAUGCAUUUAUAAUUUUAUAAUGCCAAAGUUAUUUUAAUGUUUAAAACUGUACCUGAUAUUUGUUCCUUUAAUAAUUGUUACAUUGAUAGCACGGAAUUACACAGUUGUAGUACACAACAGUAAGAAAAAAAAGACAAGUAUUGUAUAUUUUUUUAAGGAAGUUUAAAUUGUACCUGCAACUUUCUAAUUCUGGUCAUGUUAUCUUAAAUUUUAAGACUUAAAAUAUAUAUAUAAAAUGUAAUUUGUUGUUUAUUUCAUUGUUCUUAAGUUUGCAUAUUUAUUCAAAUACCAUGUAUGUUUUGUUUAAUAAAG